CUCUGUCCCUCCCCUUUGCUCCCAGCAAAACGUUGCCUACUGAGUCGAAUUGUCCUGUCACAGGAAUUCUUUUGCUUUUUUGGGUCUAUUCUGCUUGUCACAGUGCAGUUUUUUAUAGUAUAGGGUGAAUGCAGUGUGGACGUGGCGUCCCUGUACAUAUGUGCAUAUGGCAUGUGGUGAUUCCUACACAGUGGUUAUCGUUCCUCUGCAAAACAGCUUAUACAGUUCAGACGCGCUGCGAUUCUUCCACUGGCUGAAGAAACUGCAUGCUCUAGAGAGAGAGAAAGACAGCCUGUGGAUUGGACUGCAGGUCCUGGAACAGGCUCGGUUCUGCUAUCAACACCAGCUUGAUCAAGUCUCCCAGAGGAGUGUAAGGAUCGGCACAAAAGAACAUGAUGCGGAAGAAAAAGGCUGGUCAUGUGCAUUACGCUCAGCUAUGCAGCGUGUGAAUGGAAGUCUGGGCAGUUUGCUGAACAAUGCAUACGUGUGUAGUGCAGCCCCUGAUGAGAAGGAUGGUUCAGACUGGUAUCUGCGCUGGACCAAUGCCACACUCACACGGGAGCUGAGCCAACAGAAUCACAGGAUUUCUAUGUUGGAGUUUGAGAAAGAGAUACUCAUUGAAAAACAGGCUGGAAUACACUACUUCUGAAGACACACACACACACACACACACACACACACACACACACACACACACACACACACACACACACACACACACAUUCCCCAUCUUUGUCUUUGUAAAAUUAGCUUGAAUGUGCAUUUGAAUGUGCUUUUAAACAAGUAACCAGAAUCUGUGGCAUUACAUACUGUAACAUCUGUAAAUAAGUUUGAAGAUAUAUUGUCAUUUAUUAUACAAUUAUUUGUUGUUUCUUACUUUGUAUAGUUAGUAAACCAAAUAUAUGUUUUGGUGGCCAGAGGUAAAAUGGAUUUAAAAAAUAGUGGUGAAAAAAUAAAUAGAUGGCAGGGUUUUUUCAAAGUGCUACUACCCUUAUACAUGAGAAGUAGGCUUUUACUUUUUCAUUUUUUUUUGUUUUUAUUUGUCUACAAAAACAGAGCUAUAUUAAUGGAUGGGCAUUUCAAAUAUGUCUCAGAUGCCCAGAGUUAGUGUGGUCUUUAAACACUAGCUACUUUGCACUCAUAGCCUACUAGCUAACAGAAGCCAAAGGUCCUAUAAAACACCAAAUGUGCUGGAUUGCAACUCUUCAGCAUCACACUAGAGUGCAGCAGAAAAAAGAGAAAAGCAUCACUGUCAAUACAUACUGUUCAAGUGUAUAUAUUCAGCACAAUAAAGACUGUAUAUUUCCAGUCUUUUCUGCAGUAAGUACAACCAACAAACAUGCUGCAAUAAAAACACAUAAAAGAUGAUAAUUUGUCACUCACAGUCAUCAGUCUGUGCUAUCACUACUAUGUGCUAAAAGUUGUUUAUGCACAGUUUAGUAAUACAUUCUAUUUAAUUAAACAAGUUGUCAACAAGAAUAUUCCUGCAUAUAUUAAACAUUAAAUAUACCUAUAAGUAUAAAUAAUAUUUAUACUUGUUUAUCUCUUGUUAUUAAUGUACAAAAAUAUGAUUGUCUGUCAGAUGUUCAUCUCAUUUACACUCCCACCUGUACACUCACAGCUGCCAUAUGAAAAAAGUCCUACUGCAUAUUAGGGAACAGAACAUUAUUCAUGUUUAUAAUCUUGAUUAAAAAAAGAAAUACAUACAGCUGACAUCCAGUUUAUGGAAGAAUGCCUCCAAUCGUGCAAACCCAGAUCAAUAGCUUCGAAGUUUAAAAAGGGGAAAACUUGUUCUCACUGACUUUGACCAUGGCAUGGCUGUUUUCCUGCCAGCUGGGCUGAUUUGCACGUCAUAUCGAUCAGGGAUAUUUUUUUCCCGACCACCAGAGGGCACUCCUUGUCAUGGCUAUACCUAUUCCAAGCACAAUCCUGCACACAUUUUUGAUUUUCUUCUUUUGUUGUAAAGUCUUUUUCUAAAUCAAUUUUGCACAAUUAUGUUUUCAAUUAUUAGUCACACUAAUUAAGUUCUGUGUUGUGUAAACAACAUCACCACACCCCUUUGAUUGGCUUGGGAUGCUGCCCUGCCUCCCAUAUUUAAAAAUCUCAUACUACGAUUUUUUAUUUUUUUUUUGUGCUUUUUUUUGUUGAAGCAUUAAUCACGUUGUUCUUGUUGGUUAGUUGUUUUACAUGCUGCAUGUCACUUUUUUUAUGCUGAAGUUUCCUAGAAUUCCCUCAAUUUGCCUAGCCCUAGUUUUUGUUUUUUGUUUUUCGGGAAUUUUUUUAUUUAUUUUUUUGCUAAAUCUUGCCCUUCUACUUUGUAUUUACACCAUGACAACACAACAUUCUGUAUGUCACUCUGGAUAUGGGUGUCUCCCAAAUGCCAUAUAUGUAAAUGUAAACAGUCUUAAGAGUUUACAGAGAAUGGUGUAAAAACAAAUAAACAAACAAGCAGUUAUUUGGGUGGAAAGGUCUUGGUGAUUUGAGAAGGUGGAAAAAAUUGGCCAUUAAAAAAACACAAAAAACAAGUAUACUCAGAUAUCAUGGAGCUUUUACACAUACAUAUCUAUGAAAACACAAAAUUAUCAGAAAAGAACUAUGUAAUAGUUUAUGUAAUAUGUUUUUCCCUGUCGGUUAACCAGUAGUGACUUAUUAAACAUUGAAUGUUUAUUUAAUGCA